GCAGCCGCUGUCUUCACAAGAUCGCGCAAAGACGCAAACAAGACUCAUCUGCGUUUCAGGAGGAAAUAAACUGAGUAGAAAUCCUGUUCUGGGCAGGAAUUUGGGAUUUCACAGUUUACAUUGUAUAAAUAAUUGCACGUCUACCGAACUAUAUGAUCUUUAUGCUUAAAUCGUGAAUAUAUUUAGCUACUAAGUUCACUGUAAAUAGCGCCGUAGCUUAGAGGCUAGCGGUGAGCUAGCGUUAGUUAGCUAGUGUAUCUGUCCACCAUGAAUGUCGACGUUCCACAGACGGUCACCAGCGGAGCAGUGACCAACUCCUCAACAUCGAGCAACAGCAGUAACUGCGUCCCAAACAGCAACUCUGCUGCGAAUGUCAGCAGUAUCCCCUCAGCAGCGAGUAGUAAUGUCCCAACCUCAGCUGCCAUGGCAACACCAUCUUCGGACUCUUCGGUCUCCAAUGGACUUUAUGUGCCCACAGGAAUAGCCAAUGGGGAUGUGAAGCCAGUCGUAUCAACCACACCGUUGGCUGAUUUCCUGAUGCAGCUGGAAGAUUACACUCCUACAAUCCCAGAUGCUGUUACGGGCUAUUACCUUAAUCGUGCAGGCUUUGAAGCAUCAGAUCCAAGGAUAAUCCGUCUGAUCUCUUUAGCGGCUCAGAAGUUCAUCUCAGACAUUGCUAAUGAUGCACUGCAGCACUGUAAAAUGAAGGGCACUGCUUCUGGGAGCUCCAGGAACAAAACAAAGGACAAGAAGUACACACUGACGAUGGAGGACCUGACCCCAGCUUUAUCAGAGUAUGGCAUCAACGUUAAGAAACCCUAUUACUUCACAUAAACAGCUCACGCUUGUUGAAUUGAACUGCUGAAAAUAACGUGGGAUAUAAGCGCCUGUGAGUGAUGUUCAUUCCUUGGAGACAUGAUUGACCACG